CAGCUGUUGGUAAUCAUGAAGCUGCUCCAUGUAAUCUAUAUCCAACACCAAAUAUUAAAACAGAUAACAUAUCAUGGUUAUAUGAAGUAUUAGCUGAUAAUUGGAUAAGAUUUGGUUUGUCAGAAGAUACUCGAGCCAGUAUUGAACGUGGAGCAUUUUAUACAACAUUGAUUCGACCUGGUUUACGAUUGAUUUCACUUAAUAUGAAUUAUUGUACGUCAGAUAAUUAUUGGUUAAUAAUUAAUUCAACAGAUCCUCUUGAUCAACUUCAAUGGUUAAUUCAAUGGUUACAAUAUGCUGAAGGUCAUGAAGAAAAAGUUCAUAUAAUUGGACAUCAACCUCCUCGUUCUUGUAUGGCAGCAUUUAGUUGGAAUUUUAAUAAAAUUGUUAAUAGAUAUGAAAAUACAAUUGCUGGACAGUUUUAUGGACAUGCACAUUCGGAAGAAUUCAUGGUUUUUUAUGAUGAAGUUGAAAAACAACGACCUGUUUCAAUGGCUUAUAUUGGUCCAUCAGUAACAACUUAUUCAAAUUUAAAUCCAGGUUACCGUGCAUAUACAAUCGAUGGUGAUUAUGCAGGAAGUUCAUUUUGGACACUCGAUUAUCAUACAGUGAUAAUGAAUUUAACUGCAUCAAAUGCACAAAACAAAACAAUAUUUCUCAAAGAGUAUGAUGCUCGUGAUGCAUAUCAAAUGAAGAAUUUAUUUCCAAAUGAUUGGAAUGAUUUCAUACAACGAUUACAGAAUGAUAUCGAUGGUCCAUUGAUGGGUUUAGCAUUUCAAUAUUCUACAAAAUCUUAUCAAAAUGGAACUCAAUGUGAUCAUAAUUGUCGUCGAGGACUUUUAUGUGAUUUUAAAACAAGUCGUUCAGAAGAUCCUCAUGCAUGUGAUUCAAUUCCUCCAUUUUAA